ACACUAAUUAAUAAUAUAUGAAUAUCAUUCUUAAGUUGAGCUAAACAUAAUGUAUCUGCAUCAAGUACGUGGAUUUGUAAAUAUUAAAAUUAUCAAUAGAAAGUGCCAUAAAAUUUACUUAAAUGAGCGUGUAGCAGAUUUUCCAAAAACUUAUGAUUUGAAUAAUGUUAAAAAAGGAUGGUAUGAAAUAUGGGAAAAAAAUAAAUAUUUUCAACCAGAAGAUGACAAUGACAAGCCAAUUUAUAAAAUGAUAUUGCCACCACCAAAUGUUACUGGAACACUACAUUUAGGUCAUGCUUUAACAACAACGGUACAAGAUGUUCUGGCAAGAUGGCAUAAAAUGAGAGGGUAUUCUGUUGUUUGGAUACCUGGAUUUGAUCAUGCUGGAAUUGCUACUCAAACUGUAGUUGAAAAGUAUUUGCAAAAAACUAAAAAUAUCAAACGAAAUAAUAUAUCCAAAGAAGAUUUUUUAAAAGCUAUCAAUCAAUGGACAGUUGAAAAAAGAUCAAUUAUCAGUGAUCAGUUGAAAGCUUUAGGAGCAAGCUUAGAUUGGUCCAGAGAAUAUUUUACAAUCAGUGAGAAUCAUAAUAAAAUUGUCACACAUGCAUUUAUUGAAUUACACAAAAAACAAUUGUUGUAUAGAAAUAAACGUUUAAUUAAUUGGUCUACUGCAUUGGGUAGUACUAUAUCUGAUAUUGAAGUAGAUUUUGAAGCUUUAAGAGGAAAAACAGAUCUUGAAGUACCUGGCUAUAGCAAAAGAAUUACAUUUGGUCAAAUAUUUGAAAUUUCUUACAAUUUGGUAGAUUCAGAUAAAAAAUUAAAUGUGGCAACAACCAGACCAGAAACUCUACCAGGUGAUGUUGCUCUUGCUGUUAAUCCAGAUGACAGUCGUUACAGUCAGUAUAUUGGUAAAAAAGUUAAACACCCAUUGUCAGAUGCUCAUAUCCCAAUUUUAUCUGAUCCAAAUGUAAAAAUGGACUUUGGUACAGGUAUAGUUAAAAUUACUCCAGCACAUGAUCAUUUUGAUUAUGCUGUAGCCAAUAAGCAUAACUUGGAAUUAAUAACAGUUAUUGAAAAAAACGGUAGGCUAAGUGCAAGAACUGACCGGUAUGUAGGAAUGCCUAGAUUUUAUGCAAGGCAACAGAUUCUGAAAGAUUUGGCUAAUAUGGGUUCAUUAGUCACAGUAAAUGACCAUGCAAUGUAUAUUCCUAGAUGCUCUAGAACAGGAGAUAUAAUUGAAUUAUUAUUGCAAGAGCAAUGGUUUAUUAAUUGUAAAGACAUGUCUUUAAAGGCUUUAAAAGCUAUUGAGGAUGGUUCUUUAAAACUUGAUCCAGUGUUUCACAAUAAAACUUGGAUUAAUUGGCUCAGCAAUAAUAAAGACUGGUGUGUAUCAAGGCAAUUAUGGUGGGGUCAUCAAAUACCAGCUUAUCAUUUUAAAAUUGACAAUGAAAGCAAAUGGGUACUUGCUACAUCUCAAAAAGAAGCUUUAAAUAUAAUUAAAAAACAGUAUGACACUGCCACUGAUAUUCAUCAGGAUAAUGAUGUUCUCGACACUUGGUUUUCUUCGUCUCUGUUACCACUUUCUGCCAUGGGGUGGUUAACUAAUGAAAGAGAAUUUAACAAUUUUUACCCAUUAAGUUUGAUGGAAACGGGAAAUGAUAUUUUAUUCUUUUGGAUUGCUAGAAUGGCAAUGUUAGGUCUUGAAUUGACUAACAAACUGCCCUUCAAUGAUGUUCUAUUACACGGAAUUUUGUGUGAUACUCAAGGAAAGAAAAUGUCGAAAAGCCGCGGAAAUGUCAUUCAUCCGGAAAACAUUUUACAUGGAAUUUCAUUAGAGAAUUUGAAUAAUCAAGCAACAAAGAGCUUUGAAGAAGGUAUUUUGAGCCAGACUGAGCUCAAAAGAACGAUACAGAUGAACAAAAAAAUAUUUCCAAAGGGUAUACCAGAAUGUGGAGUAGAUGCUUUGCGCUUCACUUUAUGUUCUCAUAACAUUAAAGAGCGUACAGUAUCGUUUGACAUAGUAGAAUGUGAACAAAACAAAUUCUUUUGUAAUAAAAUUUGGCAAGCGAGUCGGUAUAUUGUACUUAUGACAAGCGAUAAUGUCAUUGAAAUGCCAGAAACGUUUACAAUGAUAGAUCAGUGGAUUUUGAGUCGAUUGACGUUAAUGGUAGAUACUGUAAAUAAAGAGCUUGAACGAAAAAAUUUUCACAAAGUAGUGGCAGCAAUAAAAGAGUUUUUGUACUACGAAUUUUGUGACUACUAUAUCGAAGGAACGAAGCCAGGUUUUCAAUCUGAACAGCUAGAUAUAAUAAAUAGUCAUAGAUACACAUUAACAAAGUGUAUGGAGGUUUCACUUAGAAUACUGGCCCCGAUCACUCCUUAUUUGAGCGAUGAUUUAUACUCUCGGUUAUCCAGAAAAUUAUCAGUGUUUAAACAGUGUGAUUCAUUACUUGAGAGUUUAUAUCCAAGCGUAAAAGAGCUACAAAAUUUGCGUAAUGUCGAUUUGGAAAAGCAAAUGAGUGAACUUUUAAAUACUAUUAUUUCCAUAAGAAGUUUAGUAAGCAUAUUAACAGAGAUUAAGAAUAAACGUGAUAUUGUUGAAGUUCAUAUUGCUUUAAAUAAUUCUGAAGAAAAGAAAUUAUACGAAUACAAUAUCAAUAUCGUACGUGCAUUAUUAAAACUGAAUCAUGUCGAAAUUUUCACAACUGAAGAUUAUGUAAAGAGUAGCAAUACUUUUUGCAGCACCACGGAUAAAAAUUGCUCUAUUUAUGUUGUAAUUAACGACGGGAAUGUUCUACAUGAAGCAAACAAGUUGCUUGAAAAUAAAAAGUUAUCUAUACAAAAAAAAUUAAAUUCAUUGAUGAAAGUAAAAUCUAGAAAGAACUACGAGACGAUAUCGGAAGAGGAUAAAGUAUUACACGACAAACAGAUUUAUCAACUACAAGGAGAAUUAAAAAGAUUAUUAACAUCUUUGUGAUAACGAAAAUAUUACAUUGUCGUGUAUAACGUAGAUAUACUUAUUGUAAAUAGUUUUUUUUAUAACAAAAAAUUUACAAAUG